GUGCUAUUGAAAAGCAGAAGCUGGUGUAUAUCUUGAACAGAGAUGCUGCUGCUCGUCUGACCAUCUCCUCCCCGCUGGAAGCCCACAAGGCCAAUACCUUGGUCUACCACGUGGUGGGAGUUGAUGUGGGAUUUGAAAACCCGAUGUUUGCUUGUCUGGAAAUGGAUUACGAGGAAGCAGACAACGAUCCCACAGGAGAAGCAGCAGCCAACACACAACAGACCUUGACGUUUUAUGAACUGGACUUGGGUUUGAACCAUGUUGUGAGGAAAUACAGUGAGCCCUUGGAAGAGCACGGCAACUUCCUUAUAACAGUUCCUGGUGGUUCUGAUGGACCAAGCGGGGUGCUGAUCUGUUCUGAAAACUAUAUUACUUAUAAAAACUUCGGUGACCAGCCUGAUAUCAGAUGCCCAAUUCCCAGGAGACGGAAUGACUUGGAUGACCCAGAGAGAGGUAUGAUUUUUGUCUGCUCUGCUACACAUAAGACCAAGUCCAUGUUCUUCUUCCUGGCCCAGACAGAGCAGGGAGACAUCUUCAAAAUUACUCUGGAGACAGAUGAAGACAUGGUAACCGAGAUUCGACUCAAGUACUUUGAUACUGUUCCUGUUGCUGCUGCCAUGUGUGUGCUGAAAACCGGGUUCCUCUUUGUGGCAUCCGAAUUCGGAAACCAUUAUCUGUACCAGAUAGCUCACCUGGGUGACGAUGAUGAGGAGCCAGAGUUUUCUUCUGCCAUGCCUCUUGAGGAAGGAGAUACAUUCUUUUUUCAGCCACGACCUCUCAAGAACCUGGUGCUGGUGGAUGAGUUGGACAGUUUGUCUCCUAUUCUGUGUUGUCAGAUAGCGGAUUUGGCCAAUGAAGACACACCCCAGUUGUAUGUGGCUUGUGGUCGGGGGCCCCGGUCGUCUCUGAGGGUUCUAAGACAUGGACUUGAGGUGUCUGAAAUGGCUGUCUCGGAGCUGCCUGGUAACCCCAACGCUGUAUGGACCGUGAGGAGACACGUUGAAGAUGAGUUUGAUGCCUAUAUCAUUGUGUCCUUCGUAAAUGCCACGCUGGUGCUGUCUAUCGGAGAGACUGUAGAAGAAGUGACUGACUCUGGAUUCCUGGGUACUACACCCACCCUGUCCUGCUCUCUUCUUGGUGAUGAUGCUUUGGUACAGGUUUAUCCAGAUGGGAUCCGACACAUCCGAGCAGAUAAGAGAGUAAAUGAAUGGAAGACACCGGGGAAGAAAACCAUUGUAAAAUGUGCUGUGAACCAGAGACAAGUGGUGAUAGCACUGACUGGAGGAGAACUGGUUUACUUCGAGAUGGACCCGUCAGGACAGCUGAAUGAGUACACGGAGAGAAAGGAGAUGUCGGCCGACGUCGUGUGCAUGAGCCUGGCCAACGUCCCCCCUGGGGAGCAGCGCUCCCGGUUCCUUGCUGUUGGGCUGGUGGACAACACUGUCAGAAUUAUUUCCCUUGACCCUUCGGAUUGCUUACAGCCGCUGAGUAUGCAGGCCCUGCCUGCACAGCCCGAGUCUCUCUGUAUUGUGGAGAUGGGUGGCACAGAGAAGCAGGACGAGCUGGGGGAGAGAGGCUCCAUCGGCUUUCUGUACCUGAACAUUGGACUGCAGAAUGGUGUGCUGCUGCGAACUGUCCUGGACCCCGUUACGGGCGAUCUUUCCGAUACCAGGACCAGGUACCUUGGCUCACGGCCUGUGAAACUCUUCCGAGUCCGAAUGCAAGGCCAAGAGGCGGUGCUGGCCAUGUCCAGCCGCUCCUGGCUCAGUUAUUCCUAUCAGUCACGCUUCCACCUGACUCCCCUGUCUUAUGAGACACUAGAGUUUGCGUCUGGUUUUGCUUCUGAGCAGUGCCCAGAGGGCAUCGUUGCCAUCUCCACAAACACACUGAGGAUUUUGGCACUGGAGAAGCUGGGAGCAGUCUUCAACCAGGUUGCCUUCCCGUUGCAGUACACACCCCGAAAAUUUGUCAUUCACCCAGAGAGCAACAACCUGAUCAUCAUUGAGACAGACCACAACGCUUACACUGAGGCCACCAAGGCACAGAGGAAGCAGCAAAUGGCCGAGGAAAUGGUGGAGGCUGCGGGUGAAGAUGAGAGGGAAUUGGCUGCAGAGAUGGCUGCAGCCUUUCUGAAUGAGAAUCUUCCCGAGUCCAUCUUUGGUGCUCCCAAGGCAGGGAAUGGACAGUGGGCCUCUGUUAUCAGGGUGAUGAACCCCAUUCAGGGAAAUACAUUAGAUCUGGUCCAGCUAGAGCAGAACGAAGCUGCCUUCAGUGUGGCUGUGUGCCGCUUCUCCAAUACUGGUGAUGACUGGUACGUGCUGGUGGGAGUCGCCAAGGACCUGAUUCUGAACCCACGCUCGGUUGCUGGGGGAUUUGUCUACACGUACAAGCUGGUGAAUAGCGGUGAGAAGCUGGAGUUCCUGCACAAGACCCCCGUGGAGGAGGUUCCUGCAGCCAUUGCUCCGUUCCAGGGUAGAGUCUUAAUUGGAGUCGGAAAGCUCUUGCGUGUAUAUGACCUGGGCAAGAAGAAACUGCUUCGGAAGUGUGAGAAUAAGCACAUUGCCAACUACAUCUGUGGGAUCCAAACCAUUGGGCACAGAGUGAUUGUUUCAGACGUUCAGGAGAGUUUCAUCUGGGUGCGCUACAAAAGGAAUGAGAACCAGCUCAUCAUCUUUGCUGAUGACACUUAUCCCCGGUGGGUCACUACAGCAACUCUCCUGGAUUAUGACACUGUGGCUGGAGCAGACAAGUUUGGCAACAUCUGCGUGGUGAGAUUGCCUCCCAACACCAACGAUGAGGUAGAUGAGGAUCCCACAGGCAACAAAGCGCUGUGGGACAGGGGACUUCUUAAUGGAGCGUCGCAGAAGGCUGAAGUGAUUAUGAAUUACCAUGUGGGAGAGACGGUGCUUUCCUUACAGAAGACCACGCUGAUCCCAGGAGGCUCCGAAUCUCUUGUCUACACCACCUUAUCGGGGGGGAUAGGAAUCUUGGUCCCUUUCACUUCCCACGAG